AUGUCUUCCUCGUUUUCAUUCCUAUUUCAUCAUACUUUUAUUCUUGAUUUCUUUUUCUCAUCCAUUGUUUCUGUUGCUUUUAUUCUUGCUUUUUCUUUUGCUUUCUCUAUUGAUUUUCAUUUUCUUUCUGAAUUUCUUCUUGUUUUUAUUCUUGAAUUAUUUUUUCUUUUCUUUUCUAAUUUCUUUUUUGAUGAAAUUCUUUACUUCGUUUUUGUUGUCGUUGUUGAUUUCUUUAUAAUUCCCUUAUGCUUUUUUUAUUUAUAUUUUGUUUUCAUUAAUCAUUCUUUCUUGUUUUCAUUCUUCAUUUAUUUUUUACCUUUAUACUUGAUUCAUUUUUUGCUUUCAUUCCUGGUUUCUUUUUUGUUCACUUUCAUUCCUGAUAUCUUUUUUUUCUUACUUUCUGUAUUUAUUCGUCGUUUCUUUUUUUUUCAUUCCUUAUUUCUUUCUUUCUUGUUUUCAUUCUUGAUCUCAGCCUUUCUUAAUUUAUUUCUAAUUUCUCUUUUUUUUUUCCUUUUUUUAAUUCACCCGUUUGAUUGA